AUGUCGUGGUGGUUGUAUUGCCUGUGUGUGACGUCACUGCUGUCGCUGGACAUACAGACGUGUAGAGGAAGCAAACGUGAAUAUUUCCUCGCAGCAGAACAUGUAGAUUGGGACUAUGCGCCAUCCGGAAAGAACCUGGUUAAUCCUCAACAACAAAGCGAGGCCGAUGAAUACCUGAAGCACGGCUGGAACCGCAUUGGCCGGGUCUACAAGAAAGCCAUCUACAAACAAUACACUGAUGCCACGUUCUCCACGGAGAUUCCCAAACCACCAUGGCUUGGACUUAUUGGACCAAUCAUACGCGCUGAAGUCGAUGACGUCAUAGUUGUUAACUUCCUCAAUCGAGCCGACCGAGUGUUUUCCAUACAUCCACACGGACUGCUCUAUCACAAAAACAAAGAAGGAGCUCUGUAUGUGGACGGAACCCAGGGCGCGUCUAAACUGGAUGAUAUGGUGAAUCCGGGCGAACGCUUUCGUUACGUCUGGCACGUGAACGCGUCUAACGCGGCGCCCACAGCGUCUGACCCGGAUUGUCUGCCCUGGGUGUACCACUCCCACGUGAACACGCCGCCCGACACAAACACCGGGCUCAUCGGGGUCCUCAUCACGUGCAGGAAAGGUGUGUUAGACGACCAGGCCAGGAGACGUGGCACUGACAGGGAGUAUGCACUGGUGGUCAAGGCUUUCGAUGAGAAUCUCAGCUGGCUCGCCACGUCUAACUCGGCGAAAUGCGGACAACCACGUUCGUGUCUCCACCCACACGACGUGGACGACUUCAGGAAGAGCAAUAUCAUGUACUCCAUCAACGGCUUAAUGUAUGGACACCUGCGUGGACUUGACGCAUGCGCGGGAGAUAACAUCACAUGGUACAUUAUUGGCAUGGGGAAUGAGAUCGACAUCCACUCGAUUCACUUCCAUGGUCAGACGUUGCAUUAUGAGCACCACAGUGGAGACACUGUUCCUGUAUUUCCCGCCAUCUUUAAGACGGCUCGAAUGACAGCAGGCCUUCCAGGACGAUGGCUCGUCAACUGUAUGGUGUCGGAACAUUUCAAAGGUAAACACUGGCAGGCAGCUUUCAUCAACUGUAUGGUGUCGGAACACUUCACAGGUAAACACAUGGAGGCAGCUUUCAUCACCUGUAUGGUGUGGGAACACUUCACAGGUAAACACUGGCAGGCAGCUUUCAUCAACUGUAUUGUGUCGGAACACUUCACAGGUAAACACUGGCAGGCAGCUUUCAUCAACUGUGUGGUGUCGGAACACUUCACAGGUAAACACUGGCAGGCAGCUUUCAUCAACUGUGUGGUGUCGGAACACUUCACAGGAGGAAUGUCGGCAUUCUUAAACAUUUCCGACUGUGGAAAAACAACAAAGGUUAGGACCGGAAGCGGAAACAGCCGGUGGUACUACUUAGCCGUUGAGGAAGAAGAUUGGGAUUAUGGUCCCUCAGGAAUGAACAAACCAACAGGAAGUUUGCUAAACCAGACUGGGAGACUGACCAGGGCCGGUGCCAGCGCCGCCGGCGAGAGCCCGACAGGACCCAUUACCGGCAUCCGCCCGCACCCCAGCUCUGGGUUCUGUUUCACACUUCUGCAGUACAACAACAACCGUGUCGGUCACCCGGGGAACGUGCGGUGUAACGAGGAUGGAGGAGUUAAGCCCUUCCCCAACCUCGGAACUGGAUUCUGGAUCCAAACCCUGUCUUUCUCCGGUGCAGUGUACAGACCCCCCGAGGUGUCAGACGGCAAUUCUGAAAUACCGCUGACAUCCAAGGAGAGGUCCGACUUGGAGAUACGUCGAUCGGAGCUGUAUUUCGCAAAAGGGCCGCUCCGCAUUGGCGGAAAAUACCGGAAGGUGCGCUACCACCAGUACGACGAUUUGUCUUACGUUACAAAGAAGGCUGCUGUCCCCGAGCUGGGCAUUCUGGGACCCGUCAUCAGGGCUGAGGUGGGGGACGACGUCAACAUCGUCCUCCGGAACCGGGCACGACGUCCCUUUUCUUUCUUGGGACACGGUCUUCUCUACGACAACACAGACGAAGGAACGUACGACGGCGUGUUUCAUCACGGAAUAGUUCAAGCGGGUGCAAUGCACGUGUAUCACACGCGCGUACCUGACGAUCUACUUCGUGACGCGGAUCCUGAUUGUAUUGUACAACUGUAUCACUCCGCUGUGGAUGAAGUGCGUGACAUCAACUCCGGGCUCAUUGGACCUCUGCUAAUCUGUAAGCGCGGAAAACUUGGCAGUGGCGGGAAACAGACUGGCAUUUCUAAAGAGUUUUUCCUUUUGUUUGCUACGUUCGAUGAGAAUCUGUCGUGGUAUUUGGACGAGAACCUUCAAAAGCACUGCGCAGGCGCGGCGGAUAUUGACAAGGAAGAUGACGACUUCGAGGAAUCUAACAGAAUGCACGGUUUGAACGGGCGGUCAUUUCAGAAUCUCGAGGGACUGACGAUGUGUCUCGGAGACAAUGUCACGUGGCACACGAUGUCAUACGGGUCGGAGACUGGCGUUCAGUCUCCCUAUUUCCAUGGCAACGCGUACUCUGUGGGCGGGACACACCGAGACACUGGCCAUCUGGUGUCGGGUGGAACCGAAUCUCUGCUGAUGGUUCCUGACAAUCCAGGCACGUGGAUGGUGACGUCAGACAACACUAACCUGUUCUCGCGCGGGAUAACGGCCACGUACACGGUGGCGCCGUGCGGCCGCGACCCCUUGAAGCACUACGUGAGCGGCGUGACCCGGCAAUACCUGAUCGCGGCGGAAGAGGUACAGUGGGACUACGCCCCCAGCGGCACGGACCACAUCACAGGAGCGGACCUCAGACCACCCUCCACAAAUUUCAUAUUUACUCGAGACGACAACAACUUUAUUGGACGGAAGUACAAAAAGGCAAUAUAUCGCGAGUAUACCGACAUCACGUUUACCACUCGGAAACCUCGGGACGGCGAGAACAUCCAUCUCGGCAUCAUGGGACCGAUGAUCAAAGCAGAGGUUGGUGACGUCAUUGAAAUCGUCUUUAAAAACAAAGCCAGCCGCCAUUACUCAAUACAUUCCCACGGACUACUUUACGACAAGGCAAACGCCGGAUAUUCCUACGCCGACGAUUUAUUCUUGGAGGCUAAAAAAGGUGUAGCCCCAAAUUCUCUGUACAUGUAUCACUGGCACGUGCCGGAACGUGCGGGGCCGGGACCCGGCGACCCCAACUGCAUCCCAUGGCUGUAUUCGUCUGGCGUGGACACGGCGAGGGACCCGAUAACAGGGCUUGUAGGGACCGUGGUCGUCUGCCGGAAGGGGAUUCUCGGCGCUCACGGGAAGAGGACGGAUGUGGAUCGGGAGUUCGCGCUCCUGUUCUCAGUGUUCAACGAGAACCACAGCUGGUAUUUGAAGGACAACGUGCAAACGUACGCUCCUGGACGACUCCGUACGUCGUACGAGCAUGACGCAGACUUCAAGGAAAGCAACAAGAUGCACUGCGUGAACGGCCUGAUAGCGGCCAACAAUGACGGCCUGGUGAUGAACGCGGGCGACACGACGGUCUGGUACGUGCUGUCUGUCGGCUCCGAGAUCGAUCUGCACACGGUCCACUUCCACGGGCACUCGUUCGUGCAGCGCAGCAAUCACGGGCACCGCACUGACGUCUUGACUAUGUUCCCUAGCAACGCGGAGGCCGUCACCUUGGUGAUGGACAAUCCCGGGACGUGGAUUCUGCACUGUCACGUGCUGGACCACAUCACGGCUGGCAUGGAAACCGUGUACACAGUCCGAGGGUCGAGUUAGUGACGUGUUGGCGGAUCUUCAGCUUCUCUCUUCACAGAUGCCUCGCGCCUGGCACGUCCCCCGUGAAACAUGACUGAUAAAGAGAGUACCUAGAUCGAGCUUGACCCCAUUGUUAACAUUUCCAUCACUUGUAGAGCCAUUUUAAGGCUAUAAUAAAAUAAAUCCUAUAUUUUUAUCCGAGAAUACUGCCCGCCUCCAGGUUUUUCAUUGGCCAAAAAAGGUUUUUGUUCUUUAAACAUAUAUUAUACUCGAUGUACGGUAUUACCAAUUUUAUGGAAAUAUAAAAUAAAAACUAAAAUUACA